AUGGUCGAAAAAGAUAUUAUAAGACAAAUUCUGAGUGGUUACAUUAAUCGGGAAAUCACACUAGAAAACGAGCUGAAAGAACUAACGUUGAACAGUAAGAAAACGUCCGCCGUGUUUAACGAUGACUUUUUUAGAAUUCGACGAGAUCAACUUGUAAAACAAAAGAACAGCGCUAAAAAAAGAAACGAGGCCUUUUUAAAAGAACUUGAACAGUCGUCAGCCAAACUGCGCGCCACGUUGGCGUGUGAUGAUCUCCUCGACAAAAGAUUAGACGAAGUACGCACAAAGUUCUUCAAUUACAUGAGAAACAAACCCGCCAAAGACUCGAAGCCAUCUCAAACGACCUCCGCAGACGAUUUCACAUGAAACAAAGACUAAUAUAUUUCUUUUAGAAAUGUAUGAAUGACAAUUUUAGCGAAUACUAGUUUAAGUUGAUUAAUUGUUCUAUACGGUUAUUGGGGCCAUUUUGAGUUUUCAUAAA